AUGGCUGCUCCCGUUCCUUUUCGAACGCAUGAUAAUAAGUAUGCACCAUCAUUCCCUCCUGUUGUAUAUUAUCGCGAUACGUAUGGAUUUGAUAAAGAUAAUAAGAGAGAAUCAACUACAGAUGGAAGUGAUAGCGACAGCAUAGCAACCAAGAGCACAAUUCGAACUACAAUUAAUAAUAUUCAUCCAGUGAGUAUGUAUGAGAGCACAGGAUCUCGUCGAACGAAUAUGACUCAAUCAUACCAGGUGGAACAAGUGACGACAAAUCGUAUUUUAACAGCAAAUCCAAGAACGUUACUGACAUUGGCUCUGGUUGCUUUCGCUAGUGCGCUUCAAUUGUUAAUAUUCGCUAUUAUAAGUAUUUUUUAUGAUGGCUGUCCAUAUUAUAUUUCUAUUAUAAUUAUUAUUCUAUUAUUAUUAAAUACCUUUGUAAUAUUUAUAUUUACAAAGUGUCGCCCUACAAGGACAUGGCUGAUUCUCAGUUGCAUCUGUUCAUCGCUUAGCUUCGUUCAGAGUAUAUCUCUAUUUUUCUGGACAGCACACUUAAUUAAUAACGAAGAUAAAUAUAUUGAGAACGUAGGAGCUCAUGACUAUCGCAUCAUUACAUCAACUAGAAUAGCCAUGUAUUCACUACAGAUGGUAUUUGCUCCUAUUCAUGCAAUAGCAUCAGCCAUAUGUGCAUAUGUUUUAUAUAAACAUUUAAGUUCGAUGGAUAACGAUAAAAUAACUAAAGCGUAUUUCUUGACAGAAGCACCGUUAGGCCAUCAGAAAAUUUUGGUUCCCAUUGAGCUUCGCCAAGUUACGUCAUCCAGUGAUGAUGAUAUUGAUCAAGCUUCAAUAGGUGUUCAAACAAGCGGCACAACAAGGACUCACAUCUGA